AUGUAUGUACAGGUACUUGAUGUUUCUGUUUUUUCAGUUUUCAAGAAUCAUUACGACGAUGUUGUCGAAGAAUAUGUUGACCACAAUGGACCAAGAACAUUUCAAAAUAUUGGUUAUAUCUGGUCAGAUAAUUCACCAUUUUCUCUUCGUACAAUGCCUGGCUCCACAUUUGAUCUAAGUUCAGCUGACUCGGAAUCGUCAACCAAUGGUGAUAACGAUACAGAAGAUUGUAUUGAUAUUGUCGCUGAUAAAGCAACAGAACAACAACAACACACUCAGUCAUUAGCAAUACGAUCAAAACAACUAACAUUGUUCAAUAUGUGGAAAAAAUAA